AUGUCGGCCGCAGAGGCCCUGCAAGGGCUCAAAGUGCCAACAGAGUUGCAUGCCGUACCGCCCCGUCCCCUCGAGGAGUAUGUCCGGGCGCGCAUGGGCCAGUUUGGGAGCGUGCUGGCCUCCCGGCUGAACCCCACGCUCAGCGAGCUUACCGUGCAGCGCGUGACGGCCGAGGUGCUCAACUCCCUGCCCCCCCCCGACUACUCCGGCGCUGCCCUGGAGACCAAGGAGUUCCAGCUCGUCUUCCGCCACGACUGCCUUCUGGGGUGCCUGGACGCGCAGUGCGUGCUGUGCGAGCACAACCCGCACCGCCGUUGCAGCGUGAACUUCUCCAACAAGUACCUCGUGAAUGAUGUGCUGAAGGCCAAGUGCGACGCGCCCAUCCGGGUGGAGGUGAUCGACCGCCACACGGGCCUGCCCGUGGGCGAGGAGGCGGGGGACCUGGUGCUGGAGAUGUGCAUCCUGGACGGCAACCAGUACGACGCCAAGUGCGUGGACGCGGGGGAAGAGCGCGGCGACGACCUGGAGGCCUGCGCGCUGCUGCUGAACAACAAGGCGCAGCCGCUGCUGCUGGCGGGGGCCGGGGGCAGCCACUCCGCCUCCUCGCGGGUGCUGGUGCCGCUGACGCGCGGCGCGGCGGUGCUCCCUGACCUCCACGUCUCCGACUCCAGCGAGGCGAUGCUGAGCGGGCGCAAGCCGCCCUUCCGCCUGCUGGUGCGUGCGUCUGGGGGCGUGGUGCCCGGCGUGGUGGUCCGCCACGCGGUCAGCGAGGGCUUCGUGGUGGCCACGCGCCGCACGCGCACGGCGGGCAAGGUGGAGAUCCCCAACGUGGACGACCACGUGUCCAAGCUGGAGCACAUGGGCAAGGAGACGGUGAAGAAGCUGCAGGAUGUGCGCGGGUCGGGGCACGCGGCGGGCAUCGACAUCGCCGUCCCCGACAAUGCCAUCAACAAGGUGGGCGAGUUCCGGCGCCUGGCCCUGCUGGCGGAGGCGGACGGGCACCUGCGGCAGAAGCUGCAGCAGGUGCUCAAGCUGAGUAAGGAGAAGUGGGAGGAGGCGCGCGACCACGCCAUGAAGGCGGUGGUGGCCGACAACCGCAUGCGCAUCUGGUACGCGGACAAGGCCAACAUGGAGGUGGGCCUGCUCUUCACCUGCCGCCUGGGCAACGUGGACCUGGACCGGCCCGUGGGCCUGCUGACCAAGAAGGCGCAGGACGGCGCGCAGACCACCAUGGAUGCGACGCUCAUGGCGCAGCAGACGCCCAGCCAGCGCGACCAGGUGCGCGCGCUGCAGCCUGCCGCCGUGGCCGCCUGGUGGCAGGGCGGGCACCCGGGCUGGGCCAUCUACCCCGUGGACAGCGAGCAGUUCCUGGCCACGGGCGCGCUGGACUCCGGCCUGUUCGGGGGCGACCUGUCCAAGAUCCCGGGCCUGGCCACGGGCCUGUCCCUCGGCCAGUUCCCCUCCAUCCCCAACGGCAUGAUGAGCGGCGAGCUGGAGCAGCUGCUGGCCCAGCACGGCGGCGGCGACGCGCUGUUCGGCUCGGGGCGCGCGCCCUCGCUGGGCGGCAUGAGCAAGCUGGAGAGCCUGGACCUGCCAGACCACCCGGGCUCCUCCUCUGUCGCCACCACCGCAGCCGACCGGGUGGGGGCAUCGCUGUCCUCGGCCUCGCGUGGCGGCAUGCCACCCAAGGCGGGCGUGCACGCCACGCGGCGCAACAGCGGGCUGGAGAACAUGACCUCCAUCGAGCAGGCACUGGCGGACGUCAACGGACAGAGCGGCGCGCACGCGGUGAUGGAGGCGGCCGCCCAGGAGUUUGUGCGGCAGCAGCUGACGGGGCACAAGCGACAGAGCAGCAGGCCCCUGCCUUGA